AUGGCCAACAUUAAUUUUAUAAACGGUCAUAAUCUUCGUGUGUUGAGCUUAAAGAAUUCUGACAUCUGGUCAUGCAAAGGUAGUUUCGUAGGAGUUAUAAAUGUAGAGUAUUUUGAUAUGUCUGGAUGGACAUGCGAAAAUUUGUCAGUAGACUUGUUAUAUGGUUUUCCAAAUUUGCAGACAUUGAAAGCAAGUGGGUCACGUCUAGGAAAAGGAUUUGUAAACAUUGCUGGAGCCGGAUCUUUCUUGAGUAAGAAUCUGAGAUUGCAAGAUAUAAAUCUUUCGUCUAAUAAAAUGAACAGUUUACCAAAUGGAUUCUUUUUGCACCCAUUUGAGCAGUUAUCAACAGUUAACAUGUCGCAUAACAAUCUCACAGUAUUUCCCAAAUUUCAUGAAAGUAUAAAAGCUUUAAAAGUAAUUGAUUUGACCUUUAAUAGUUUAACAUACUUCAAUGCCGAGCAAAUUGAACGAAUACAAAGGCUUGGUGAAGUUGAUUUAUUCUUGAGAGGAAAUCCCUUUCAAUGUUCCUGUAAAACAUUACAGUUUUUAGAGUGGUUAGGUCAAACAAACCGAUUACCGGAUAUUUCAGAUUUAACCUGUGUAACUGAAACGGCUUCACGUAGAUUUAUGUCUGACAUUAUCUCCAAUCUAAAGACAUUUGAGAUUUCCUGCAAAACGAAAUUCUGGUUGCCGUUUGCCGUGUCUAUAACCUCCAUUAUCAUAUUUGCCAUAAUAUUAACCGUCGUAUUCUUUCGUUAUAAAUAUGCUGUUGAGUACUUUUUAUUACGACUUAAAAUGAAAAUGCAAAAUUACAAAGAAUUGAAGCAGGAAUAUACGUAUGAUGCUUUUAUAUCACAUAGUCAUACUGAUUCGGAAUGGGUUAAACAGUUCCAUGACAGAGUAAACAGUAUGGGAUUCGAAUUAUGCUUAGACGCUAAGGACUUUAUUGUUGGUAACGGUAUUGCAGAAAAUGUUAUGAAUGCCAUCGAUUCCAGUAGAAAGGUGAUAUUUAUUAUAACUCAUGAUUUCUUAAAGAGUACUUGGGGUUCGUAUGAAAUGGAAAUGACCCGCAUGCAUGCUUUCCAGAAAGGAAGAGAAGACAUGGUAAUUGUUGUUGUAAAGGAUGAUAUAAAGGUAACAGAUAUGCCAGAUAUAUUAAAGAGAAUGUGGUUUAAAAUUACAUGUAUUCAAUGGCCAAAUGAUGUCAACCUGCCAUACAAUACGAAAGAAAUAUUUUAUGAAAAAAUGAAAAUGGCUCUCACAAAAAAGGAAGAAACUUUCAUAUAUUCUAGAAAUUCAGUUAUAUAG